CUGAAAAUAAACGUGGUGUGGUUUUUGUGAAAAUUCUAGACGAAAAAUAAGCCCUUGUAAUAAAUAAAAAUAUACUAAAACAAAACUUGAAAAAUGGCUCUACACGUUCCUAAGGCACCGGGCUUUGCCCAAAUGAUGAAAGACGGCUCCCGGUACUACUCCGGUAUAGAAGAAGCCGUUAUCCGUAACAUAAAAGCAUGCAAAGAAUUCGCCCAUUCAGUACGUUCAGCUUAUGGCCCCAACGGCAUGAACAAAAUGGUCAUAAACCACAUAGAAAAGCAAUUUGUUACCAGCGAUGCUGCUACUAUUAUAAGAGAGCUCGAUGUUGAACAUCCUGCAGCCAAACUAAUGAUUUUGGCCAGUGAAAUGCAAGAUGCUGAAGUGGGAGAUGGAACUAACUUUGUCAUUGUUCUAGCUGGUGCUUUAUUAGAAUGCUCAGAAGAAUUAAUUCGUCUUGGUGUUACUCCUACUGAAAUAGCAGAAGGAUAUGAAAAAGGACUAGAAAAGUGCUUGGAAAUCCUACCCAGUCUUGUUUGCUACACAGUUAAAGACAGCAAGAAUAUCGAUGAAGUUAAACAAACUAUUAAGACUGCCAUUGAAUCUAAACAGUAUGGGAAUGAAGAAUUUUUAGCUGACUUGGUUACCAAGGCUUGCAUUUCUAUUCUACCAGAGAAAACCACCUUCAAUGUUGACAAUGUUAGGGUGUGUAAGGUUCUUGGGUCAGGAUUGCAUGCUUCUCAAGUUGUGCAAGGCAUGGUAUUCAAAAGACAAGUGGAAGGUGAAAUUACCCAGGCAGAAAAUGCUAAGGUAGCUCUUUACAGUUGCCCCGUGGAUAUUUUGCAAACUGAAACUAAAGGUACUGUUUUGAUUAAAAGUGCUGAUGAGUUGAUGAACUUUAGUCGUGGUGAAGAGAACCUAUUAGAGCUUCAAAUUAAAUCGAUUGCUGAUGCUGGUGUUAAAGUUAUAGUUGCUGGAGCCAAGUUUGGAGACAUGGCUCUUCAUUACAUUCAUAAAUACCAAAUGAUGGCUGUUAGACUGAACUCAAAGUUUGAGCUGAGAAGAUUGAGCAAAACUGUGAACGGUACUGUAUUGCCCAGACUCACUGCUCCCAGUCCUCAAGAAUUGGGCUACUGUGACUUGGUCUGUUUAGAAGAAUUAGGAGAUACCUCCAUUGUGGCUUUCAGACAAAAAGGUACAGAAUCCAAAAUCGCUACAAUUCUUAUCAGAGGAGCCACAGAUAAUUACAUGGACGAUAUUGAAAGAGCCAUUGAUGAUGGAGUAAAUACAUUCAAGGGGUUGGCUAGAGAUCCACGAUUUCUUGCUGGCGCUGGCGCCACAGAAGCCGAAUUAGCAGUUCAACUGCUGAAAUACGCAGAUACUCUUCCUGGUCUUGAACAGUAUGCCGUGCGUAAAUUUGCCACUGCUCUUGAAGCUUUCCCUAAAGCUUUAGCAGACAACAGCGGAUUGAAAUCUCAAAUUGUUUUAGAUAAAGUACUGGAAGCCCAUCAAUCUGGUCAGAAAACCAUUGGAAUUGAUAUUGAAUCUGAAAAUGAGGUUUGUGACGCUGUCGAAAAGAAAAUUCUGGAUUUGUACCAAGCUAAAUUCUGGGGCAUUAAAUAUGCUGUUAAUGCAGCAGCUACAAUUCUUAGAGUUGAUCAAAUUAUUAUGGCAAAGAGGGCAGGCGGUCCCAAAGCCAGACCACCUCAAGGCAGUGAUGAUGAGUCUUAAGUAUUAUUAUUUUAGCUUAUUUUGUAAUUUUCAGUUGCAUCUUUUUAUCACAUUUGUAUUUGCAUACUUAUAACUUUGUAUGAAUCUGGCUUAUAAUGUCCUUAUGAAAAUAAUUUUCACACUAAUUGUACACGUUUUGAUUAUUGGCUAAUAAAUAGAUUUUCUAAUUUAUAA